UGUGACCUGCAGUCAGCUGAUGAACGGCUCCACCUACCACAACCAGGAAGAAAAGCGUGUCAAGCGACGCAUUUGCUGCUCUGUCUCGUUCGAAGCAAGGAUGUCGUUAUCACGUAGAUUUUACGAGUGAUGCGCUUGGAUUACAAAUCGACGGGAGUUUAUUGAGCGGGGUGAUAAGCAGCUGCCGACAACACCGUCGGUGUCACACUUGAAGGAAGGCCGGAUAUAUUUAUUGAAACAGUGCUGCGAAUGAGCAAGGCAUGUGGGUGGCAAACCUCCACAUCGCUCGGCGAUUCCCCCCAAGGCAAGAAAAUGAACGCAAUUGAACUUAAAAUGUACACCACCUGAUGUCUUUUUUCUCCUUCACAAUGGAAAAGUGGAGCAGAGAAAAACAAUUAUUAGCCAGUGAUCCACGUUAGCUAGCUUACUAGCCGUUAGUUGCUCUUGCUAUAUCAAAUUAGUGGGCUGAGUUCGCCAGGCUAACUCAGCCCACUAAUUUAAAAGAUACACACGACAAUCAGGUUUGUUGACCUCGUCGCGUUAACAACGCAGAUGUAUUUGUUUUGUGACGUUUUUUUUUUUUUUUUUUAAACAGCGAACACCUUUUCCCCCUCCAUCUUUUGGUAACAAUGUAUUUUGCUCCUGCUUUACUGAGCUAGCCUAUUAGCUAACCAACGAGCUACCAGAAGUCGCAAAGUCCCAUCACUCAUAGUAUUUUUUUAAAAUAUAUAUAUAUAUAAUACUGUUUGAGUGUCAAGCGACCGACAAAAAUGGCCCAAGAACAGUUUCCUUUGCAUUUCCUGGUGUGGAACAAUCAGUAUCAGGAGCUUGACCAGGAGAUGCAAAAGAAUGAGAACCUUGAGCGGGUGGAUCCGAGAGGGCGCACCCCACUGGAGCUCGCAGUUUCCCUGGGCCACCUGGAGUCUACCCGAGUGCUGCUCAGAUACACAGCAGACCCGACACACUGCAACGCACAGGGGUGGACAAUUUUGCAGGAGGCAGUGAGCACCGGGGACCCUGAGCUGGUUCAACUGGUGCUUCAGUACAGAGACUUCAAACGAGCGACUGAGCGGCUGGCGGGCAUCCCAGAGCUGCUGAGCAAACUACGACAGGCUCGGGACUUCUAUGUGGAGAUGAAGUGGGAGUUCACCAGUUGGGUACCUUUGGUGUCUAAGGUGUGCCCCAGUGAUGUCUACCGGGUGUGGAAAAGAGGCUCGUGUCUCCGCGUGGAUACUACCCUGCUGGGCUUUGAACACAUGACAUGGCUGAAAGGACGACGGAGCUACAUCUUUAAGGGUGGAGGUUCCACCCUUUCCUCCACCCUUAUAGAUAAUGGGGCUGUGGUCAUGGAGGUGGACCAUGAGAAGCAGGUGGUGUACACUGAGCCACUCGUCUUAUCUCCACGUGAUGCGCCCUCCCUGUUGGCGGCCAUGCAGCCUUCACAGGAGAACACAGCUCAGAGACUCACAUCGCCCAUCGUCUCCACGCACCUUAACACGCGCAACAUUGCCUUUGAGCGUAACAAGUCUGGGAUUUGGGGAUGGCGAUCUGAGAAGACUGAGAUGGUCAGUGGCUAUGAAGCCAAGGUUUACAGUGCGACUAAUGUGGAGCUGGUGACUCGGUCAAGAACAGAGCAUCUGUCAGACCAGGAUAAAUCACGGAGCAAAGGUUCCAAAACUCCUCUGCAGUCCUUCCUCGGAAUAGCUGAACAGCACACAGCUCAAAAUGGGAGUAAUGUGUCCCAGUGUGCCAGUCCACAUAACCCCACGGCCAUCACAGCUGAAGAAUACUUUAAUCCGGAGUUCAACCUCAACGGCCGGGACAUUGGACGUCCCAUAGAGCUCACCAGCAAAGUGCAGAGGUUUAAAGCUAAUCUGUGGUUGAGUGAGACUCAUCCACUGUCGCUGGCCGAACAAGUGACACCCAUCAUCGACCUCAUGGCCAUUUCUAAUGCUCACUUUGCUAAACUGCGUGACUUCAUCACGUUACGUUUACCUCCAGGUUUUCCCGUCAAAAUUGAGAUUCCGCUUUUCCAUGUCCUGAAUGCCAGAGUGACCUUUAGUAACUUGUGCGGGUGUGAUGAGCCUGUGAGCUCAGUGACUGUUCACAAAACUGAGGCCUCAGAAGAAGCAGGGGAAUUGGCCACUCCCUUCCACUGUGAUGUGGACCCAUCAGUGUUUGAGCCCCCUGCAGACUACACCACCCUCGGUCCCGGGCGCAGUGAGCCAAUGAGAGAUGAGGAUGACAACCUGUUGCAGUUUGCCAUCCAGCAGAGCCUCCUAGAUGCUGGUACAGAAAGUGACCAGGUGACCAUCUGGGAGGCCCUCACCAACAGUCGUCCGGGACCCCAGUCACCCCUGUAUGAGGACGACACUCAGCUGGAGAGGGCCAUUCAGGAGUCUCUGUCUCUUUCUUUGGCCAGCAGAGGAAGGGGAGACGAUGCACAAGCCCACAGCCAGCCCUCACUAGACUCUCAUUUGGAUCCCGUCACCAAUUACCCUCUGUCCUACAACACAGAAAGUGAGCCCCCGUUAUCGGGACACUUUGGUGGGGCAAGGGGCUUUGAUGAGCAGCUGCGCAUCGCCAUGGAGCUGUCGUGCCGUGAGCAGGAGGAGAUAGACAGGAAACGUAAAGAGGAAGAGGAGGAGCUAGAGAGGAUCCUGCAGCUGUCACUCACCGAGAUGUAACGUGACAUGAAUGAAGAGGCGGGUCGUCAUUGUGCGAACACAAACUCCUAAUUUAUUGUGAUUUUUAUUUUUAAACCCAGAGUUGCUAAAUUAUUAGAAGUUUAAUUUUAUUUCUUUAUCAGAUGAAUGUCCCUUAAAAGUGCAAGAAUGGGUGUGAUAGUGCAAACACUUAUUCUGAAUCACAAUACAAAAAAAGGAGACGUAAGGGAGAUGUUUUUAAUGAUUAUCCAGAAUUUGCCAAUUUUUGCUGUCUUUAACGAGUGAUGAAUGGUGUAAAUUCUAUAAGCAUGUAACAUGAUCUAUGGUACUGAUGAAGAAAAGCAGAAUAAACCAACAUAUACAAAUAUAAGAACCUUUGAAACAUUUGUUGACUCUGACAAGUGAAUCAUGAAUGAUCAUCCUGGAAUGUUUUUAAUUUUAUUUUAUUAUUCAUUUACAUCGGUGCACAUAUAAAUCACCUUGAGGGCUAUGUGUUAAACUGUACUAACUUUUAACUGUUUCAUCAUCAUUGAGAGACUUGUUGCACAAAUGUACUUCUAUUCGCUUGGUAUUGAGCUAUUGUGCGUUUAUAUUUCCAUAAACUGAAGAGGCCGUUAAAUGUGA